CUGUCAACGUACCAUGUGAAACACGCGCUCGGACAAAACAACGUCGGUAUUUCGCGCAUGGUGUUAACGAAAUCAGUUUCAAGUGCAAAAUAAUGGUUAAAGUAGCUGCCAAAAAAGGUGCGGCAACACCUAGUGUGGGUGCAACAAAAUCACCGGCCUCUGUAAAGAAAGCAGGUGGUGCAAAACCAGAAGGAUUGAGGAAAAGAAAAAGGACGAAAAAGACCAGCAAGCGAGGCGGAAAAAACAGACAUGGUGGUAUCGUUUUCAUCAAGCACCUGCCGAAAGGGUUCGACGAGGAUGCGUUGUCGCAAUUCUUCAGCCAGUUCGGUGAAGUGUCGAAGGUGUGUGUUGCCCGAUCGAAGGCAACGCACCAGGUACAAGGGUACGGGUACGUGCAGUUCAAAUUCUACGAGGUAGCGGAAAUUGCAGCCAGCGCCGUGAACAACUACAUGCUGUUUGGGCGUGUGCUAAAGACGAGCGUUCUGCCCAGGGAGAUGAGACAAGUGCCUCGCAACUUUGGCCGUGUGUUCAAAUCUGAGGCGGGCUGUGUGGCCUUCCAUCAGCAGCGGUUGGAGCGUCGGGUGACGAACAUAAACAAGCCCCUAGGACACCAGAACGCUCGUGAGCGAUGCUUGAAGCAACUCGGUCGUAUGAAGCGUGCGGAACAGGUGUUGCGCGAUGCGGGACUCGAGGUGCCGGAGAUGCAAAACUGCCUGUCGAAGCUGAAGGAACAAGUAGGCUUACUGAAGGGAGCGGUUCGGGAAGAUUUGGAGAAAAGAGCUACGGCUGUUGCGGAUGCUGCUGCUGCGAAGGUUGCUGCUGCUAACACUGCUACAACUACUGAUAAAGCUGCUAAAACUGAAGUUGCUGCUGCUGUUGGUGCAUCGGAAGCAGCGAACAAAAAGGCGGAAACCACCGAUGAACAGGGAAAGGACAAUGAUAACGACGACGACGAUGAUGGUGAUGACGAGGAACUCCAGCAAAUGUCAUGCGAUUGGAAAACGGUAGGAAAGACAAAAACUACCAAUGAAAAAGAAGAUGAAGCAAUCCAAAAGGAAAAGGCAAUCAAACAGGCACAAGCGACAGUGAAGAAGCUCGCUGAAGGAACCAUUAAAACACCUGAAUUGAACACAAGCAAGCAGCAGAAGCAGAAGCAAGGUGGCAAUCAGCAGAAGCAGAAGCAAGGUGGCAAGCAGCAGAAGCAGAAGCAAGGUGGCAAGCAGCAAGUACCUUCAACGGAGAACGCGGAACAGAAAAAGAAGCAAACGACGAACAAGCUAGCAAACCAGCAGCAAAAGCAGACUAAACAAACUAAACAAUCUUUGCUGGAAAAGAAGCAGCAAAGCAAAGAGAAGAAGAAGGUCGUACAGGAGAAAACACAACCCCAAAAGGAAAAACCUUCGUUGGCGGGCAAGAAGCAAAGCGAGAAAAAGCUGCCCGUAGCUUCGGUGGAGAAAAAGCAAGCGAAAAAGGAGAAGCAGUCUACGUUUGCGAAGAAGCAAACGGUCGAGUCGCCUGUAGCGACGACUUCGCCGAAAGUAAAACGUAAGCUUUCCAUGAAAGACGCACCGAAGCCUGCUAAGAUGGUUCGAAAGGUGAAGUAAUGGCCAGGUGCAGGUCAUGAAAGCCGGGGAAACCCAUACGGCCCCGGGUGUAGUUGUGUAAGAAAAACGUCUAGUAAGUUCCGGCCGAGACUGGGGCCAGUGAACGGUUGCUUGGAAACGAGUGGUACCUAGAUGUAAAGUACGUUAAAAAGGAUUAAAGUGCGGAUGUGUCCGUUUGAAUUUUUUUCUGAAUAAAUAUUAAUUUGUACAACCGUA